AUGACGACUGAAGUUAACAUGGAGAAGAAGAUUGAGAGCAAUGCUGGCGAUGCUAAGAGCAUUGCGGGACGGGAGGAGCAGUGGCAAGGUUUGAGGAGGGUUCCUGAUAAGUUGCCCAAGAUCGCGUUGUUGAUCCUAGCUGUCGAGCUCGGUGAGCGAUUUACCUACUUUGGUCUCUCCGGACCUAUCCAGAAUUACAUCAACAACCCAUAUGACCCCAGCUCCGAUCUUCCAGGUGCCCUUGGAAAGGGUCAAGCUGUCGCAACAGCCCUCGGCAACUUCUUCAAGUUCUGGGCCUACGCUUCAACAGUCAUUGGUGCCAUAGUCGCUGACCAGUAUCUCGGUAAAUUCCGAGCCAUAUGCUGCGCAUGCGUCAUUUAUGUCAUCGGCCUCGUUAUUCUCGUUUCGACUUCAACGCCUACAGCCCUCAUUCACAAUGCCGGUCUUGGAGGUCUCAUCGCUGCUAUGAUCACUAUUGGCCUGGGAACUGGAGGAAUUAAGGCCAAUGUUACGCCUAUGUGUGCUGAGCAGUAUCAGCAUUCGCAUCCCGUUCUCAAGACACUUAAGUCAGGCGAGGAGGUCAUCGUUGAUCCAGAGCUCACAGUGCAGAGGCUUUUCAUGUGGUUCUACUGGGUCGUCAACAUUGGUGCCCUUUCACCGCUCAUCACAGUCAACGUAGAAGCUCACCAUUCUUUCUGGCUGGCAUACUUGGUCCCGUUAAUUGCCAUUCUUAUUUCCGCCGCUGUCUUCAUCUCAGGCCGAAACAAGUAUAUCCGCGUCCCCCCAGUUGGCUCAGCUAUUCUCGAUGCAUGCCGCACAACUAGCAUCGCUAUCAAGGAGAAGGGGUUCAAUAAUGCACGACCGUCAGCCCUUAGAGCAACAGGCCACAACGAAAAGUACCCAUUGGCCAGUCAAGAGAGAUACACUGAUGAGUAUGUCGGAGAUGUGCAGCGGGGACUCAAGAGCUGCAAGAUGUUCUUGUUCUUCCCGUUCUACUUUAUCUGCUGGAACCAGAUGUGGAACAACCUCAUCUCUCAAGCUGGUACCAUGGCUCUUCACGGAACACCCAAUGAUCUGCUCCAGAACCUGGACCCUAUCGCUCUUUGCUUCUUCAUUCCUUUCCUUGACUUGAUUGUAUACCCCCUCCUGCGAAAGUAUAGAAUCGACUUUGACCCGGUGACCCGCAUCUUCAUGGGUUUCAUGUUCGCCUCGAUCUCAAUGGCAUACGCAUGCGUUCUUCAACAUUACAUCUACAAAUCACCACCAAACAGCAUCCACGUUUGGAUUCAAGCCCCAUCAUACAUCCUCGUGGCCUUGUCCGAAGCCUUUGUUAUCAUCACAGGUCUCGAGUUAGCCUUUACUCAAGCCCCCAAGAACCUCCGAUCUGUCAUCUCAGCUCUGUUCUGGCUGACCAUCGCUGUUGCUGCCGCGAUCUGCAUUGCCCUCGGCGCAGUUUCUCAGGACCCAUAUCUCGUGUGGAUGUAUGGAGCAGUGGGAAUAUCUGGAUUCAUUGCUGGCUGCGCAUUUUACGCUUGCUUCUAUAAAGGGCGGAAACAACAUCUUUCCCGAGAUGAGAUUGUUAUCGAAGGUAGUUCAGGGAACUAG